GUUAGUUAGUCAAUGAUUGCAUAUCACUAAUUUUAAUUUCAGUUUCGAAUAGUACUUGACUGCGGUCGCUCGAAAUCGGUUAAAGUUUUUCGCAAACAUUCUUCUCUCUUAAAUGUAUUUUAAUUACCAACCAACUAAAUAAACUUAAUUAAUUCCUAUUAAAUAUUAAAAUACAAAAAAAAAUUAUACAAACUUUUUGUUAAUAUAGUUUUUAUAUUUAAUGCCUUAAAAAUUCCCAUAUAAUUUAAUUAAAAAUGGUGCAAAUUAAUGCGUCUAGUGGUCAGGUACAAUCCGUAACUUUAGAUAAAACAGGAAAGAAAUCCUUUGGUCUAAGUAUAGUACGAGGAGAGACCAAAGAUGGAACAAACUCAAAAGGCAUAUUUAUUAAGGGCAUAGUACCCGAUAGUCCGGGUCAUUUAUGUGGAAAAAUUAAGGUGGGUGAUCGUUUGCUAACACUAAAUGGCAAAGAUGUACGCGAUGCCACAGAACCGGAAGUAAUUAAUUUGAUUAAACAGGCGGGCAAUCGAAUUGAUUUAGAAAUACAAAGCUAUGGAGGGGAACAACACAACAAAGAUGGUAAUGAAAUUAAGGAAAAUGGUUUUUCACAAAAUCGCAAUAUGUUUAAUCAGGCUUCCAUUAAACAAGCCCCCAUGAAACAAACGCCCUUGAAACCACAACAAUCUAUUAAACAGGCUCCUGGAAGGCCGCCCAAUGUUAAUGCCAUGCUGAAAAAUUCAAACAUAACUUCUAAUCUCAGCAGUAAAAUGGAUAUGGGCGAUGAUGAUGACGAAGAUACACGCGAUAUGACCGGUCGCAUAAGAACUGCAGCUGGUAUUGAGAUUGAUCGUGCUUCCGCCGGUAACUGUAAAUUAAACAAAAUGGAAAAAGAUCGAGAUAAAGAAACCGAAGAUGAGUUUGGCUAUACCAAAGCUAAAAUCAAUAAGCGAUACAAUACCAUGAGGGACUUGCGUAAAUUGGAAAUUACUCGACCCACAAAUACCGCCUUGGGCUUGGCCUUGGCAGGUCAUAGUGAUCGUCAAAAGAUGGGUUGUUUUGUGGCCGGUGUUAAUGCGAAUGGACCUUUAGCCAAUGUAGAUAUAAAACCGGGCGAUGAGAUUUUAGAAGUGAACGGUACUGUUUUGAAAAAUCGUUGCCAUUUAAACGCUUCGGUAAUAUUUAAAAAUAUCGAUGGCGAGCGUUUGGUUCUGAUAACAUCUCGCCGAAAACCAGGCGAUGAGGGCAUGAGUGUAAAAACGAUUAAGAAAUUCCCACCAGAAAUUGAUGAUACCAAAUUCCUAUUCGAGCAAUUCCCCAAAGCCAGAUCAGUGCAGGUGAAAAAGGAAGGUUUUCUGGGUAUAAUGAUAAUCUAUGGUAAACAUGUGGAGGUGGGCAAUGGAAUUUUCAUAUCAGAUUUGCGCGAGGAUUCAAAUGCUAUGAUAGCGGGUUUAAAAGUCGGCGACAUGCUGCUGGCCGUUAACAAAGAUGUCUGUUUGGAAUCCAACUAUGACGAGGCUGUGGCGUUGUUGAAACGUUGCGAGGGCAUAGUUAAUUUGGUCGUUUUAACCUUAAAAUCUGAUGAGCAACUUAAGAAAGAGAAAGAAGAGGAGGAAAAGAAAAAGAAGAAGGAAGAGGAAGCCACCAAAGAACCAGAAAAACCCGCUGAUCCAGCAACGGUACAAGUCGAACCGGGUCGUAAAUUUGUCCUAGAGAUAAAAACUGACAAGAAACCUUUGGGUGUAAUUGUAGUGGGUGGCAAAAACAAUUAUGUCAAGACGGGCUGUGUUAUAACCCACAUUUAUCCGGAGGGCAUGAUUGCUGCCGAUAAUCGUUUGAAAAUUUACGAUCAUAUAAUUCAAGUAAAUGGCAAAGAACUCCAAUGUGAAGCUAUGACCACUUUGAAAGUUCAUCAAUUGUUCUAUACACUGUAUGAGAAAAUUGUCACUAUACAAGUAUUCCGCGCCGAUCCACCGGAAGUGGAGACAUUUAAGGUGGAGUUUACUAAGAAAGCUGGCAAGGAUUUGGGUCUUUCGUUGGCACCCAAUGAAAAAGGUUGCACAAUUUCAGAAAUUACUUCUGCUGGUUAUGCUGAUAUCGAUAAUAAACUACAGCGCGGUGACAUUAUAACUAAAUUCAAUGGUGACUCAUUGGAGGGAACAACCUUUGAAGUUUGCUAUGCCUUAUUUAGAGGAGCCACUGGUAAAAUAUCUCUGGAAAUAACUAGACCCAAGCCCACUGUACGUACAGAACCACCAAAAUAAAUCCACCAAGAUUAGAGGGAAACCUUAAGCGGGAAAUUGCGAUAAAAUUUGCUAUUGUUUUAAAAUUUAAUUUUUAAGCUAUUUUCAAAAGAAAUCCUCCAGCUAAAAAUAAAACGUUCGGUAAAUUGUUUUAAACUAAAUAAUUGAUUAAAUAAAGAAAAUAAAAAAAAUUAA